AUGCCAGCCUAAAAAAGAGAUUAUAAGAAAGUUCAGAAGAGUUAAAGAGAAGCUUUGAUCUUCUUAGUUUUUAAGUAAGGCUAGAAAAUCAAGGAAGUAAUGUAUAUGGCUAAUUUAAGGCUUCCAAUAACCUUGAGAUUAAAUAUGCAGUGGCCAAGACAAUUGUAAUUGCUUAUAGGAAAAAAGUUAUUCUAGAGAAUAGAUAAAUAUUGUCAACCAAAAGUUGUAAAUUUAAACUGAGGGAAAAUCAAAAGUCAGUCCAUCAAAUAAUAACUAAAAUUGGAGGAGAAUGUGUUAAUGACAAUUAAAAGAUGAUUUGA